UUUGGAAAAAAUAUGUCAGUUUUGUUUUAAUCAACCGACAGUGAGAAUCUAAUCAGCUUAAGCACACAAUGAGUCCAUUUGUUUUUGCCGCUGUUCUAUCCACUUUGGCGCUUUCCGCCAACGCUGGUAUUGUUGCCGCACCUGCACCAUUGGCUUACGCCGCCGCGCCUGCACCACUCGCAUACGCUGCCGCGCCAGCUGCCUACGCUGCUGGUCCUCUCUACGCGCGUUAUGCCGCUGCUCCAGCUCCUUUGGUUGCCGCUGCGCCUGCACCUUUGGCUGCUGCUGCACCAAUUGUGAAACCAGUUAGAGCUUACGCCGCACCAGCACCACUCCUUGCCCCCAGAGCUCUUGCAGCACCUGUAGCUGCUCCUUUGGCUGCCGCUCCAGCACCCUUGGUAGCCGCCGGUCCAGCACCAAUUGUGGCCCCCAGAGCUUUGGCCGCACCAGUCGCUGCUCCAGUUGCUGUCGCCUCUGACUUUGUUGACCCACAUCCACAGUACACUUACGCCUACAAUGUGCAGGAUGCUUUGACCGGUGACUCGAAGACCCAGGAAGAAACCCGUGAUGGUGACAUCGUUCGUGGCUCAUACUCUUUGAUCGAACCCGAUGGUUCUCGUCGUAUUGUCAACUACUACGCUGAUCCCAUCAACGGUUUCAACGCUGUCGUCCAAAAGGAUGUGCCAGUUGCCGCUGUUGCUCCCGUCGUUGCCGCCAAGGCUGUAGCUGCCCCACUUGUAGCUGCUCCAGCACCAAUCGUUGCUGCCAAAACUCUUGCCGCUCCAAUUGUUGUCUAAACACAGCGACAUUUAGGCUACAGGAUUAUUGACCACAAUUGACCCUUAGAUAACCAACUUACCGACAUACUCUUGUCCAAAAUGUCAGCUAAUUGUUGAGUUGCUUGCUUUGCCGGAUGACCUGGGAGCGCUGUGCGCGUCAAUUUUUUUUCUUGGAUAGUACAAUGCAAUUCAACAAGGGACAUCCAUUUGUAAAUAAACUAGAAAAACUCAUUGUCUUUGUUGAAAACUUUCAUCGUUAAUAAACAAAUUUUUAAAACAAAAA